CGAAAUAGAAAUACCAUGGCUAAAAUCUCAUAUCCUACACUAUUCCAGGUGAUAGCUGGUCAGUUCUUAUCAGAUAAGAAGGUUGGCACAUAUGUGGAAGUGGACAUGUAUGGUUUGCCAACGGACACAAUCAGGAAAGAGUUUCGCACGCGUAUGGUUCCUAGCAACGGCUUGAAUCCGGUCUACAAUGAGGAGCCGUUCCUAUUCAGAAAGGUGGUGCUGCCGGAUCUAGCCGUGCUGCGAUUUGGCGUUUACGACGAGAACGGAAAACUGCUGGGUCAGCGCAUUCUGCCGCUGGACGGACUGCAGGCGGGGUACCGGCACAUUUCCCUCCGGACAGAGGCCAACUUCCCCAUGUCAUUGCCCAUGCUCUUCUGCAACAUAGAGCUCAAGAUCUAUGUGCCCGACGGAUUUGAAGACUUCAUGGCUGCGCUGUCCGAUCCACGCGCAUUCCUUUCUGCGCAGGAGAAGCGAGCCCAGCAGAUGAAGGCGAUGGGCAUCGAAGAGACGGACAUCAACACCAAGGAUGUUGUGGAGGGUGGCAAGGGUGGAGACGGGGGUGGGGGUGGAGCCGCCAAAAAGGGCAGCAAAACCAAGAAACCGGGAGAAGAGGAGAAGAAAGUUGAAGUGUUGCAAUUCGAGCCGAUCACUGUGGAGUCGCUGAAGAACGAAAAGGCCUACCAGAAGACUCAUCGCAAGCACCAGAAGGAGCUGGAUGCCAUGCACAAGCCACAGAACAAGGAGAAGAUGGCCAUACAGAAGCAGCAGUGCACCGCCAUCGAAAAACUCGUCAAAGGCAAGAA